AUGAGCAAUAAAGAGCAAAAUCAGCCUUUCUGGAAGACUCAGGACGAUAUUGUUAUUUCCGGAGUAUCUGGACGUUUUCCACGAUGUGAAAAUGUUGAUGAAUUCGCGGAGAAGCUGUUGGCCGGGGAAGAUUUAAUAACUGAGGAUGAACUUAGAUGGCCACCAGGAUUUUAUGAUCUUCCUAAGAGACAUGGAAAGCUGAAGGACUUGAAAAAGUUCGAUGCUCAAUUCUUCUCAGUUACACCAAAGCAGGCCAAUUAUAUGGAUCCUCAAAUUAGAAUUCUGCUCGAAGUCACUUUUGAGGCUAUGAUUGACGCUGGAAUCAAUCCAUAUGACUACCGUGGUUCUCGUACGGGAGUCUUCGUUGGAUGCUCUGGUUCUGAGACUUCUGCUGCUCUCACCCAAGAUCCUGAAAGUGUUACUGGUUAUUCGCUCACUGGGUGUGUUGGAGCGAUGUUUGCUAAUCGCUUGUCCUUCACCUUGAACUUGCAAGGACCAUCAUUUUCGGUGGACACAGCGUGCUCCAGCUCUUUACUUGCUUUACAAUUAGCAGUUGACUCUAUUCGUCAGGGUCAAUGCGAUUCUGCUAUUGUCGCUGGAUCUCAUCUGACAUUAACACCAACUGUAGCUCUUCAAUUUUUGAGACUUGGAAUGUUAACCGACAAAGGAAUGUGUCGCUCAUUCGAUGACAGUGGAGAUGGAUACUGUCGAACUGAAGGAAUAGCCGCCAUUUUUAUUCAACGCAAGCAAAAAGCUCAACGCAUUUAUGCAACAAUUGUUCAUGCAAAGUCCAGCACUGAUGGAUACAAAGAGCAAGGAAUCACAUUCCCAUCAGGAGCUAGACAAGCUCAACUCUUGGAAGAAGUUUAUAGUGAAGCUAAUAUUGAUCCAAAUGACGUAUAUUAUGUGGAAGCCCACGGAACUGGUACUAAGGUUGGAGAUCCACAAGAAGCAAACGCUAUCUGUCAAGUAUUCUGUUCCAACAGAAAACAACCACUUCUUAUUGGAUCUGUCAAAUCAAAUAUGGGUCACGCAGAACCAGCCUCUGGUUUAUGCUCUAUCGCUAAGAUUCUUCUUUCUAUUGAACGUAGACGCAUUCCACCAAAUCUUCACUUUGAAACACCAAAUCAAUAUAUUCCCGGCUUGACCGACGGUCGUCUCAAGGUUGUCACUGAGCCAACUGAAAUUCAUGAUGGAGCUAUUAUUGGAAUAAACUCCUUCGGUUUCGGUGGUUCAAACACUCACGUCGUUCUUAAAGUAGCGGACCAUCAAGCUCAAGAUUAUCCAAAGCCAUCUAUACCUAAAAUCAUCACUUAUUCUGGAAGAACUAACGAAGCCAUUAACAGCGUUUUCGAAAAUGUCGAAAAGAACGCCGAUAACACUUAUCUUCAAGCUCUUCUUUCUAAUCAAGCUGGUAUGCCACCAAAAGACUGUCCAUUCCGUGGUUACAUGCUUUUAUACCGUAAUGGAGAUGCUCCAGCUCUUAAAGACAUCCAAAAAGUCAGCAUCACAGAAUCAAGACCAGUAUACUUUAUUUACUCUGGAAUGGGAUCCCAAUGGCCAGGAAUGGCUCAAAAGCUCAUGUGCAUCCCAAUGUUCGAUGAAUCACUCAGAGCAUCUAGCAAGUGCUUAGAAGAGUUCGGACUCGAUGUAUACAAAAUGCUUUGCAAUUCCGAUCCUGAACAAUACAAAUCCAACACUUUGAAUUGCAUGCUUGCUAUCACAGCUAUCCAAAUUGCUCUCACCGACCUUGUCUACGCCCUCGGUAUUACUCCUGAUGGAAUUAUCGGUCACUCCACUGGAGAAAUGGGUUGCGGAUAUGCUGAUGGAGCAAUCACCAGAGAUCAGACCAUGCGUCUCGCUUAUCACCGUGGUACCACCAUGAUGAAGCACAAAGAAAUUAAGGGAGCUAUGGCUGCCGUAGGAUUAACAUGGGAAGAAGCUACCGCUCAGUGCCCAGAAGGUGUUGUCCCAGCUUGUCACAAUGGAGCUGACUCUGUCACCAUCUCUGGAACAGCUGAAGGAGUGGAGAAGUUAGUUCAAGAGCUCACUGAUAAGGGAGUUUUCGCUAAGAUGGUCGAUUCAUCUGGUAUUCCAUUCCACUCCCCAAUGAUGGCUCAAGUCAAACAACCCAUGUUGGAUGCUAUGAAAGUAGCUGUCCCAGAACCAAGACCACGUUCUUCCAAAUGGAUUUCUACCUCCAUCCCAGAAUCCGAAUGGGAGAGUGACUUGGCUGCUACCUGCUCUGCCGACUAUCAUGUCAACAAUGCUUGUAGCCCAGUACUCUUCUACGAAGCUUUAUUGAAAAUCCCAGCCAACGCUGUCACCAUUGAAAUGGCUCCACAUUCUCUUAUGCAAGCAGUUCUUCGUCGCUCUCUUCAAAAGACAUGCACAAACGUUGGAUUGAUGAAUAGACCCAGAAGUGAAAACGAUAAUGAGUUCGAGAGCUUCUUAUCUUCUCUUGGUAAAAUUUAUCAAGCUGGUGUUAAUCUUCGCCUGGAGAACAUUUACCCAGAAGGUCGCUACGAGGGAGUUGUUCCUAAGGGAACUCCUAUGAUUGGACCUAUGUGGAAAUGGGAUCAUGCCGUUGACUGGCCAGUAGUUGACGGAAGAAUGAUCACCGGAGGAGCUGCCGGAUCAAUCCCAGCUUCUGCCACCUACAAUAUUGAUCCAUUCGCAGCUGAUUCAAAAGAAGCCUACCUCCUUGACCAUUGCAUCGACGGACGUGUCUUAUACCCAUUCACAGGACACAUGGUUCUUGCAUGGAAGACGCUUUGUAAACUGAAAGGAGUUGAUUUCCAAAAAACUCCAGUAAUAUUUGAGAACAUUAAUGUUUAUUCCGCUACCAUCCUUACCAAGCCAAUCAAGCUUGAUGUCAUCCUGACCCCCGGAAAUGGACAGUUUGAAAUCAUCUCUGAUGAGCAAGUAGCUGCCUCGGGAAGAAUUUAUAUCCCAGAUGAUGAUAGACCAUUCUAUUACCAUAACUGGGAGGAAAUUCGUACAUCAGAAAUUGCUGAUCGUAUUGAACUAGAUACUGAAGAUUGCUACAAAGAAUUCUUGUUACGUGGAUACGAAUACGGACAAGCAUUCAGAGGAAUUUUCAAAACUUGUAACUCAGGAGAACGUGGAUACUUAUACUGGACUGGUAACUGGGUAACUUUCUUGGAUUCCCUCCUUCAAACCGCUCUACUUGCCGAAAGAUCCGAUACUCUUCGUCUUCCAACCAGAGUUAGACAUCUUCGUAUCGAUCCAGUUAAACACUUGAACUACAUCGUCGAGAAAGAUGGAAUUCAAGUAGUUGAAUUGAGAAAUGACCACGCCACCAAUGGAUGUAUCGCUGGAGGAGUGGAAUGCUGUGACCUCAACGCUCACACUGUUCAGCGUCGUCUGCAAACUGCUGGCCAACUUUACUAUGAGAGGAUUCAUUUCGUACCUCAUCAAGAUGUUGAUGCUUUCUCUGCUAAGGAAUUCAACAAAGAAAGAGAUACUCUCAAGCAAUACAAAGCCUGCUUAAAAUAUGUCAUUGGACAAGGACUUAACAAAUGGAUCAGCAGUGGAGGAGACCUCGACACUCUUUCCAAUGGAAGCCGCCUCAAGCUUGUAGCUCAAUCACUCAAGAAUACUCCUACGGUUGAAUCAUCUGUUGUGGAAAGAUUUGUUGGAGACUCGCGUUGUCCAGUUAUCCAUAGUCUUGUUGAGUUAUUCAAACUCAACUGGCCUGCAGCUGGUGCUGCCGACUACAGUAGCUUCCCACAAAAAGUGUCUGCUACACUUGACUCGGUUAAGACUAUUUUUGACUCUGAUCGUCUCUGGGCUGCUGCUCUAACUCAAGAUCGUAUCUUAAAAACCGUCCAAGAUAUCUGCUUCGAAAACUCUGCUGGACACAAUAUUAAAUUCGGUGGAGUCGAACUUACUUCUACUGAGCAGCUCAAGCAGCUAUUGGACUCAUCCAACUCUCACCCACUUCUUGAAGUUGACUGCGUUUGCGUUGGACCAUUGGUUGAACAAUUAGAUGAUAACACUCUGGAACAACUCGGAGCUCGCAAAGUCAAAGUUGCUAUUGAUGAAAACUUCACUGGACAUGGUGAUGCUAAAGGAAGAGAUUAUCUUUUGAUCGAUAAGAUCCUCAAUAAGAAAGAAAAUCCUGUUGCUUUCCUUGAGAGCUGCAAGCAUUUGUUACGUGAUGAUGGUAUGGCCAUCGUUGUCGAAGUUACUUCCGACUACGAAAUUGCUAUGACCAUUCAAGGAUUACUCGGAAACGAAUUACCUACUGCCCAAGGAAGAGAAUAUGGAUUAUUCUACAGCCAUGAGCAACUUCUCAAGAUUUUCGAAGAAGCUGGAUACAAGCUCUGUAUUUUCCAACAAGACUCAUCUAUGAUGAGUACCGCUUACAUUAUUCGCAAGGUUCCAACAUCCGAGAGAGAUCCAGCAUUUAUUGAUGUAGAUGACAUCAAAACCUUCGAUUGGUUGGAGCCUCUGCAAAAACUUAUUGAAGAACGCCUCAACGAGCCUGAUGACAAGACCAUCUGGUUAACAUCUACCAAGGAUAGAAAGAACGGAGUUGUAGGAUUGUCAUUGUGCUUCGUAGAAGAAAAUUUGAAGAACAACCGUUUCCGUUCUAUCUUUGAUUUAUCUGUAAAGAAAGAGAACAGAGAGGGACCAGCCAAACUUACUCUCGAGCAAGAUGAUGUCAAGAGAAUCGUCGAUCUUGAUUUGCACGCCAACAACUAUCGCGAUGGCACCUGGGGAUCUAUGAGACAUUUCGUCGUCAAGGAAGAAGAUGCCCACGUCUACAAACAAUGCGAGCAUGCUUUCAUCAACACACUGACUCGUGGAGAUGUUAGCUCAUUGACUUGGUUCGAAUCGCCAAAUCAGUUCUUCCAUGCCAUUGAAGGACGUAAAGAAUCUCAGGAGUUGUGCUCUGUCUACUAUGCCGCCAUAAACUUCCGUGAUGUCAUGCUUGCUUACGGACGUUUACCACCUGAUGCUAUUCCUGGAAACUUUGCUGAUCGUGAAUGCUUACUCGGCAUGGAAUUCUCCGGUCGUUUGAAGAAUGGAACUCGUUUGAUGGGAAUUUUGCCUGCUCAAGCCUUAGCUACUUCCGUUAUUGUUGAUCGUGAUUAUGCAUGGGAAGUACCAAAAGAAUGGACUCUUGCUGAAGCCUCGACAGUUCCAGUUGUAUACACCACAGCUUAUUACGCCUUAGUUUGCCGUGGACGUAUCAGAAAGGGAGACAAAGUUCUCAUUCACGGAGGAGCCGGAGGAGUCGGACAAGCAGCUAUUGCUGUUGCCCUCAGUUAUGGCUGCGAAGUCUUCACCACAGUUGGAUCUAAGGACAAACGUGAAUACUUAAAGAAGAAAUUCCCACAAUUGCAAGAACAUCAUUUUGCCAACUCCCGCUCAGCUGAUUUCGAACUCCAUAUUCGCCAACAGACACGCGGUCGUGGUGUUGAUGUUGUUUUGAACUCUCUCGCCAACGAAAUGCUUCAAGCAUCACUUCGUUGCUUGGCUAGACAUGGUCGUUUCCUUGAAAUCGGAAAGGUUGAUCUGGCUCAAAACACGGCUUUGGGAAUGUCCAAACUCCUGGAUAACGUAUCUAUUCAUGGAAUUUUAUUGGAUUCAAUCAUGGAUCCAACUGUAGGAGAUAUCAGAGAAUGGAAGGAAGUCGCUAGACUUUUGGGAGAAGGAAUCGCUAACGGAACCGUUCAACCACUCCCAGCUUCUAUUUUUGGAGCUGAUAAGGCUGAAGAAGCUUUCCGUUUCAUGUCUGCCGGUAAACACAUCGGUAAAGUUGUUAUGGAAAUUCGCGAAGAGGAACAAUCAAGAACUUCUCUUCCAUCAAGCAUCUCUGUCAAUGCUAUUUGCCGUACUUUAUGUCAUCCACAACACGUAUAUCUCAUCACUGGAGGUCUUGGAGGAUUCGGACUCGAACUGGCUCAGUGGCUCAUCAGCAGAGGAGCACGCAAACUUGUUCUCACCUCCCGUUCUGGUAUCAGAACUGGUUACCAGGCUCGCUGCGUCCACUUCUGGAGAAGAACCGGAAUUUCCGUUUUGAUAUCUACUUUGAACAUUGCCAACAAGACUGAUUCUGAAGAAUUGAUCAAGCAAUGCGAAACAAUGGGACCUGUUGGAGGAGUUUUCCAUCUUGCUAUGGUUCUCCGUGAUUGUCUAUUCGAAAACCAAAACAUCAAGAACUUCCAAGACGCCGCUGAGGCUAAAUAUUGGGGAACCUUAAAUCUUGAUGAAGCCACGAGAAAAUUAUGUAAGAAGGACCUACGCUGGUUCGUUGUAUUCUCUUCAAUCACAUCUGGACGUGGUAAUGCUGGACAAACCAAUUAUGGAUGGUCUAACUCAACAAUGGAACGUAUGAUUGAACAUCGUCGUGAAGAUGGAUACUCCGGAAUGGCUAUUCAAUGGGGAGCUAUUGGUGAUGUUGGAGUCAUUCUUGAAAAUAUGGGAGAUAAUAACACCGUCGUAGGAGGAACUCUUCCUCAGAGAAUGCCAUCAUGUUUAGCCGCUCUCGAUUGCUUCUUGAGUUGGAAUCAUCCAAUCGUCUCAUCAUACAUCAAGGCUGAUAUGGGACAAAAGAAGGCCGCUGGAGGUGGUAACCUUCUCCAAACAAUCGCUCACAUUCUGGGAGUAAACGAUAUUUCUCAACUCAACCCUGACGCCAACUUGGGAGAUUUGGGACUUGACUCCUUGAUGGGUGUCGAAAUCAAGCAAGCUCUUGAGAGAGAUUAUGAUAUUGUUCUUUCAAUGAAAGAUAUCAGAACUCUUACCCUCAACAAACUCCAGCAAAUGGCUGAAUCAGGUGGAACCGGAGGCACUUCCCUUCAAUCUACAGAAUUAGACAUGAAGAAGCAAGGAGAAUUAGAAUCUCAAGAAACAACCGUUGAACAAUUAGAAAAACAAAUGAAUCAGUUAUUCAAGAUGAGAGUUGAUGUUAACGAUCUUGAUCCUCAAGAUAUAGUUGUUAAGUGCAAUAAGGUUGACGAGGGACCACUCACUUUCUUCGUUCACUCCAUCGAAGGAAUUGCCACUCCAUUGAAGAGAGUUAUGACCAAGUGCGAAUUCCCAGUUUACUGCUUCCAAUCCACCAAGGACGUGCCACAAGACUCUAUUGAAAGUGUUGCCAAUUGCUACAUCCAGGAAAUGAAGAAGAUCCAACCUAAAGGACCAUACAGAUUAGUUGGCUAUUCCUACGGAGCCUGUAUUGGAUUUGAAAUGGCUUGCAUCCUUCAACGCACUGAUGGAGAGAAUGCCGUUGAGCGCCUCAUCCUCCUCGAUGGUUCUCAUCUCUACAUGCAAACAUAUAGAAAUGUCUACCGUAUGGCUUUCGGUGUUACUGGUGAUACCCUCGUUAACAACCCACUCUUCGAAUCAGAAAUUAUGUGCGCUAUGACAUUGCGUUUCGCUAAUGUUGAUUAUAAGAAGUUCCGUGUUGAGUUACUUCAACAAACCGGAUUCAAGGCUAGAGUUCAAAAGGUCGUCGACACUGUCAUGACCACUGGAUUAUUUAAAUCACCUGAAACUAUUGCAUUCGCCUGUGAAGCUAUGCGCUCCAAAUUCCUUAUGGCUGACAAAUAUACUCCAAAGGCCAAGUUCAAUGGACACAUUACUCUUCUCCGUGCUGAACAAGGUGCAGCUCGUGAAGAAGAUGUCGGACAAGAUUACGGAAUCAGUCAAGUAUCUGAAGAUUCUAAAGUUUUCGUAGUAGAAGGAGACCACGACACGUUUGUGCAAGGCAAGAGCUCGGCAAAGACAGUCGCUAUCAUCAAUGAGUUGAUCAAAGAAACAUAUCGCCCUUAA